AUGGCGCCCGAACCCCGAACCUACGUGUCCGGCGGCCGCGUUCUCGGAAGCCCCCCACUCUCCGUCCGAGUCAGUCGGUUCUUCGAGAGUGUGUAUGUGUUUCUGGGUCUGUAUCUCGUGAGCUUGUUCUCGCUCGAUCCCUACGCCGCGGCGCAGAAUUCGCAGUUCAAUAUCCAUCGGAAGGGGAAUAGCUCGGGAUCUAGGUCGCGAUGGGGGCUUUUUGGGGGUGGUGGUGGUAGUGGUGGUGGCGGUGGUGGUCCAGGGGGAGGCCCGAGGGGAUUUGGGCCGAGGAAGAUUGGUCGAGUGGACGAUGUUCGUGGGCCGGAGUCACAGCAUCCAUCUCCAACCCAACCCACAUUCUCAACCCUCACCACCACCACCACCACCACCAAACCAAACAUAACCAUGCCCCCCGCAACCCCCCCAACCGACUCCGACUGGAAAGCCCUCUUCACCACAACCCUCCAACAGCUCCAAUCCACCACCACCACCACCACCACCACCAGCUUCCCAACCUACCCGCUCCCCGCGCACCCCAGCCUCACAAUCGACCACACCCAACUCUCCCCGACCGCCAGCCCCACGCAAAUCGACACCCUCUGCACCGAAGCCCAACGCCACCACUUCGCCACCGUCUGCGUGCGGCUGCCCUACGUCGCCCGCGCCGUGCAGAACCUGUCCAGCAGCAGCUCCCCCCAAACCACCCCCGACAAGCCCACGCCCACGCCCACCCCCGGCAUAGCCUGCGUAAUCUCCUUCCCGCACGGCACGGACCCCACGGCUUCCAAGACGCACGAAGCGGCCUCCGCCGUCGCCGCCGGCGCCACCGAGCUGGACAUGGUGCUGAACCGGCCCCUCCUGCAGGCGGGGGAGUACACGGCCGUGCACGCGGACAUCCGGGCCGUGCGGACGGCGAUCCCGGCGGACGUGGUGCUGAAGGUCAUCCUGGAGACGGGGCGGCUGGCGGGGACGGACGAGGUGGUGGCGGGGAGUGUGGUUGCUUGUCUGGCGGGGGCGGAUUAUAUCAAGACGAGUACGGGGUUUGAUGGGCCCGGGGCGAGGGUGGAGGAUGUGCGGGUGAUGCGGUGGGUUGCGGGGAGGAUGGGGACGGGGACGAGGGUCAAGGCUAGUGGUGGGGUGAGGGGGGCGGGGGACUGGAGGGCGAUGGUGGAGGCCGGGGCGGAGAGGGUGGGGAGUAGUUCGGGGGUGGGGAUUGUG